AUGAAUCAACAGUUUAAUAUUCCAAAAGAUUUAUUACCACUACUGAUACAACUCCAAGAAGAAAAAUAUAAAACAGAAGAAGCACGACUGCAACAAAAAAUAAUAGAUGCAUUUAUCGCAGAACAAAAUCGUAAAGCAAAAGAAUUAAAAUUUCAACAAAAAGAAAUAGAUGCAUUUAUCACAGUACAAAAUCAUCAAGCAGAAGAAGCAAGACAUAAAACAGAAGAGAUCAAAUUGGAAAGACAAAAAGAAGAAACAAAACGAUUGGAACUUGAAAGAGAAAAACGAGAACACGUUGAAGAAAAUGACGCACAAAAACGACUGAAGUCACAAGACGAACAACAAACGUCAACCUCUAGUCAAAAUCAUUCUUCAGCAUUAGAUAAUGCGUCUUAUUACAAUUCGAUUGUAAAAAAAGAUUUAUAUCGAUUCGAUAUUGAAUCGUUAUUAAAUGAUAACGAUAAUAUUAACGAUGAUAUGAUCAACAUUUUUGAAGAGUGUUUUUAUUCAUCGGUUUUAGAUAGAAUUAUAUUAGAAAACAAUAUGCAAGUUGUAUUGGAGGAUUCAAUACAUAAAUUAUUUGACAAAAAUGAUAAAUUUAAAAAUUUAUCAUCAUUAAAAUAUCUGAAUACAACUCAUCAUAAAUAUCUCAUGCAAAAUACAAGUCCUGAUUGUACUUUUACAUAUAAAAAUAUUAAUAUUAAUAUUCGUGAUGAAUAUGGAUCUUUACAAGAUUUUGUGGUUUGUCUUGGUGAAGUAAAGUCAUCAAAUGAAUCUAUUGAUGCAUUCAAACACAUCGGACAAUUGUGCAGUUAUUUGACUGAUGUAUUAAAACUACAAAAUCGUCAAAAAAUCUAUGGCUUUAUAACGGAUCUUCAACAUAUAAGAUUUUACUAUGUUGUAAAAGAACGAAAUUCGUCUUCCUGUAAUUAUAAUUUUUACCAAAGUGAUAAAUUAGAAAUGUUUUAUAUGCCAUCGAAAUCAACAUCGUCUUCCUCCUCGUCAUCAGCUGUUAAUAAACAAAUAUCAAACGAACAAUUAAGACGAAGACAUCUUAAUAACGAUACAAUGAAAAUAUUGAUUAAAUUUUUAACCAUGAAUGCUGGUUUUUAUGAAUAUAACAUGUUAAACAUAAAUCCCGGUGAUAAUUUAUUUGGCGAUCAAUAUUAUAUAAGAACAAGAUUAGGAUGCGGUCUUACUUCAAUGGUUUACCUAUUGGUUCAUAACAACUAUAAUGAAUCACUUAGUGAUCGACAAUCUCGUGUAAUGAAAAUUUGCAAAAGUGAAGACUAUUGCGACAUGUUUAUGAAUGAAAUUAAUAUAUUCCUAGAAUUAAAAAAUUUGAAUGAUACAAAUAACUUGAAAUUAUUUUUUUCAAAUAUCGAAGAAGCAUCACUUGAAGGUAAAUUUAUAUUAUUUGAAAAUUUUUUGAAACCUUUAAAAUCAAUAAAAGUACCUCAGGCAGAACAACUUAUUAGCAUCAUUGAAUAUUUACAUAAAUGUCGUAUCAUUCAUCGAGAUAUACGUCCAGAAAACUUGAUGGUCAAUAAAACAUGUAAUCAUUUAAAAUUGAUCGAUUUUGGUUUUGCCACAACACUUGAAGAUAAUGAAAAUACAAUAGAAUUAGAAAUUGCAGGUGUUGUUUCAUUUGGUGGUCUACAAUUUUUGAAAUCCUAUUUACAAGAAUUAACCGCCACAACAGAUUAUAUUAACUAUAAUUACGAAAGAACUUUUGAUCUACAAUGUGCAUUAAACGUUGUAAUGUAUAUGAAGGAUUAUAAAAUUGCAAAUGAAUUCAAGUUAUUGAAACAUUUACCUCUUCUAGAAAGAGUUGCUGGAUUUUACAAAUUUUGGCUUAAUCUAAAACAGAACAAUGAAUAUUAUAAUGAUCUAAUAAAUUUAAUCGAAAAUGUAUCGAAUUCAUCAGAUUUUGAACCUGUCAAGCGUCGUAUUAAAAUAUUGUUCUGA